GCUGAGCUUCGCUCUGUUCCUCGUUGCUUCGGGAAUAAUGUGGCGGAGGAGCGCUCUGGUCCCCGGCGGCUUCUGUGCUGGUCUUCGCCUGGGCGCCCUGGGGAGGGGAGUCGCGGCUCAGGACAGUAAGACAACCAAGUUCUUGGGCACCAGUCCUGUCUUCUGCACCAAGGAUGACAAACCAGUCAACCACACUGAUGCAAAGGUUUCACCCAACCAGGAGAAGAAAAUUCAAGUAAAUGCAAAGAAGAACUUGCUGAAUAUCAUUGGUGAAAUGAAAGUAGAAAUAAGUACAAAGAAGAAGUUCCAGAUGUUGAAAGCCCAGAAGACUAAGGAUCAAACAAGGGACUCGCCAGCAAAUAUGGAGAGUGCAAGUAGCAUGUUUCAGGAAGCUACAGAAGACAAAGCGAAGAGCAGCGAGAUGCUCAGUCCAAAGCUGGUGGCAGCAGCCUCUGCUGUUGCAUCUUCACUCCCUUUUGACAGGAAAAGGACAGUUUCAGAAUUGGUUCAGCUACUGAAAAAGCACAAGGAAGUCACUGAUGCCCGUAAAAGUGGUGAAGCCACUGACAUAAGCAACAUUGUGGCAAACAUGAAGAUCAAGAAAAAGUAUUCAGUACGGGAUGCCGUUAGUCCAUCCAAUCAAAUUCAGUAUGAUGAAGAUGGAAGAGGCUAUACGAUUGAAAGAAAUCUUCAACGUGAAAAGGGUAGAAUGGAAAGAAAAGAACUGUUUACAGGAAAAAGGCUUAAUAUUUUCACUUCCACUUCUAAAACAGAGGAAGCACUUGAAACAGUGACGACACCAACACUUUGGGAUGUGGAACUUGCUAAAGAAAUCACCGCAGUCAGAGAUCAAGCACCUCAGAAUGGUUUUGAGGAGAUGAUACAGUGGACAAAAGAGGGGAAGCUUUGGGAGUUCCCAAUUAACAAUGAAGCUGGACUCGAAGAGGAUGCUGAAUUUCAUGAGCACAUAUUUCUGGAUAAAUACUUGGCAGACUUUCCUAAGGAAGGACCAAUUCGCCAUUUCAUGGAGCUUGUGACGUGUGGACUUUCAAAAAAUCCAUAUUUAAGUGUUAAAGAAAAGGUGCAACACAUUGAAUGGUUUCGAGAUUACUUUAAGGAAAAGGAAGAGUUGCUUAAAGAAAUUGAAGCACAUGAGAAGGAAGCCUUGAUUGAGAGAGAGAAUCUGUCAUAGUGAACAGUUUAAAAAGAAAGUAAUGUCUUUAUGUAAAUGUACAUUGGACAGUUAUACAAACCAAUCUAGAAACGAGGUGACUAUAAUUUUUUUUAAAAAAACUGUUGCUGUCAUCAUUUUUGGAGAAAAUGGUCGUCUGUGUAGGUACCAUAACUGGCAAAGGUUUUCUAAUUCUUCUUGUAGAUUGCUCAAGUAAAUCUUGCUUCUACCCUUCUCUGCUUAAUCUAUUCAUAGUCCUAAAAUGGUCUUUCGUAUUCUUUACCUAACAACAUUCGGAGGUGAAAUGAAUCUACAGAAGAGAGAGGGGUCUAUAGUCCUAUAAACUGUCACUGGUAAUUCUCAUACAUGGGCUGGCAAAUCAUGGCUUUCCUGGUUUAAAAUUUUCCACAUCAUGAUGGGAGUUGUGUUUUGGUGUAGUUUACAUGGAAAUGGAUCAUAGAAAAGGUCCAUCUUGUCUUCAGAUUGCAAACCUGACUGAUUGAGCUUGAUAAAAUGUCUUCCAUUAAAAUCAAAUCUUUGGCAAAAUACUGGUUCAGAUCCAAAUUUGCCAUUGGUGGGUCUAAUGAAAAUAAGAAAUAGAGCUGGGUGAUUACACUCAGCAACUUUAUAUAAUUAUGAACACUUCUACACUAAUUGGGAUGUUUGAACCCUAGCAACUGCUUGAAAUAUUCAUAAAACCAUUUUAGCAACUCUGAGCCACUUCCUACUCCAUGUAUUCCUCAAUCAUUAUGAGGUCAGUGGUCCUGAGGAGUUUUAUCUCCCCAACCUUCACAUUUCAACUUUUUAAAUAGUUAAAACUUGCUAAGCCGUCAGGGGUCUGAUUUAUUCCUAUUGAAAUGGAUAAAAAAGUGAAGUGACCAAACUGGGCUCUAUCUUAUCCCCAACAACUUCUGCAAUAUGGUAGAGAAGACCUUAGCAUAAUGCCUGUAUCAUAAAUUCCAUUUUGUAUGUGAUUCACUUCAAGAGCGCUGGAAUAACUUAAAGAAUAAAUUAAAAGAUGUUUUUGUGUUUUUUCUUCAUUGAUAUUCCUGUGUGUACAACCCCCACUCUCACCUCCCACCCCAUUAUAAAGGGGUCGUUUACCCCGAAGAGUUAAUUCUGCUCUAAGGGGCUUUAUCUUGACAGAGGAAUUAAUGCUAUCAUAGUGCAAAUUUGCAACACUGGCUUAUUAUCUGUAACGUUCUUUUGAAAGGUUAAAUCCUAUAAAAGUAUUGGUUUACAUUGGACCCCUUCCAUUAUUUACUAUGAGCCUUAGACAUUUUUGGUUUCUACUUUGCUUUGUCCUUUGUUAACAUUGUGGGUUCAAUGUACCCUAAUAAUUUUUGUUGGUUUACAUUAAACUGGAGUCAUUUUGAAAUGCAAUCAUAUUUUUUAUUUUCAGCUAGAACUUUCAAGAAGUCCAUUGGUCUCAAACUGUAGAUUGAUUCUGUUAAAAAAAAAACUGGUAGAGGAGAGUUAAAUAACAACUGGGUUAGCAUAGAAUCUCCGGUUCUCACUUUGUCCCCAGUGUUAGGUGACUGUGUUGUCUGAGGGGAUGAAGCAGUGACUCGUAAAAGCAUUUUCACAUGUUCAGGUGAUAAAAUUGUCGUUGAAGUUUUCACAUGUUAAAACAUGUGUACGGUUGUUUUGGAGCUUUAAAGUCUGAGGUAAAAAUCUGGAAACAAACAUACGCCAUUAGUCCUCCAAGUUAAGUUGUUCUGUGUGACCAUGUUUGGGGAUAAUGCUAAACACAGUUUACUGCUAAAGGAAUGAGCCUGGGUGAGUCUCAGGCUUCCGCAUUUCUCUCUCAUCCUAUGCAGCCAUAACGAGAACAGUGAGUUUUCUUAAAAUUUGGAUUUUUCUGUAUGCAGAUGAGCCUAGUUCACAUGUAAUUCUGAGCUAUAAUUUAGGUAAAUGUGUGUAUGCAUGAGCCUCAGGGCUUGAUGCUGCUCCUUACCCUCUCCUCCUCUGGUGCAACUAACUAUGGUUAAUUGUGGCAACUAUAUAGACAAGUUAUGGUUAAUGUUAACUAUGGUUUAGGGAAACAAGCCAACUUCAUACCGUCGUUUACAACCAUGGCUUGUUUUCCUAACCAUAGUUAGCUUUGAAUACAGUUCUUGAUUCAGCCGUUCUAAAUAUACAAAAGCUGCGGUUCUAAAUAUAGCUGCCAUAUAGCUGCCAUUCUAAAUAUAUAAAUGUAUGUAAAUAUAUUUGGCUAAUGUUUCUGUGUGUUUGCUUUAUGGUGGAUCUAAUUUAGAAUUCAGAGGCUGGGAUUCAGUAUUAUGCUACCAACAAACAAGCACUGCUGUUUGGUUCUUUCAGGGGAGCAGAAGAGACUCCAACCUCCUGGUAUCACAGUAUUCUCUCCCACAAGAUGUCAGCAUUGAUCUGUUUCCUUCUUCAGGCUCAGGCUCCAUGUAGGCUUCCCCUCCCCAGAAUUCAAAGAGUAACCUAGCAAUAACUGAGCAGUCUGCAAGAGAAAAUUCUACCAAAGAAUGACACAGCCAAGAACGGAUGCAAAAUGAACCAGAAAUUUGUUUUGCAAGGGAUUGCUAAUGUCAUAUCCUGUAGUUGCUUUUAACUCUAAAAUUCUGAAUUCAGCCUUUUCUUCCAAGCAAGAUAAAAUAUUUGUAUUUGAAGUGUAUCCAUGCAAUCCAGAAAGACUUUGGGAGGUGCUAUUAUAGUAACUUUUAUCAACAGUGACUACAUAGCCACCCUUUCUGUCUUCCUUGGUGAUGGGUUAGAUGGGCUACUCUCUAGCUUAGGAUCUUUGAGAUGUACGUCUUGUUCUUGGCCUGACGAGGUGCAGUGUCCUUGGCUUUGUUUAGCGUCGACUCUAUGGUUUUAGCUCUCAAAGUUCCUUCCCAGCUACAGAGUGCCUGACCACCCACGAUCUUGUCUUACGUAAAAGCAACGUUUCUAAAUAUGUCAACUUUUCUUUUUCGUAUUCUGUUUACACACAAAAAAACUUCUAUGCUACCGAACUUAAAUUCAUAGUUGGACAGAAUAACCUCUCUGUUGCUUCGAGUAUUGCUCCUAAGAAUUUAAAAACUUACCGCACAACUGUAAUUUCCCAGCUUGGUAAGAUACUCUGAUACCCUUGCUUUAGAACAGGGGUGGGCAACUUCUAGGCAAAAACAUCUGGAGGCCCACAACUCCCAGCCUCCCUCAUUGGCUAUACUGGAUGGGCUGGUGGAUGUUGUAGGCCAAAACAUCUGGAGGGCCAAAGUUGCCCACAGUUCUUUUAUAAAUACUUUGUCAAUAAUAUAAUAUUUUGGACUUUAAUUUAGAUCUAAGGUGAUUAAAUAGCAAAAGAAGCCAAAAUUGCAACAUCUAACAGGGAAUCACUUGUAUAAUUUAUAACAAAUGCCAUGGAUUUAAGCAUAGGCUCACAGCAACCAUAUACACAAACUCUGAAAACGAAGGAACAGGGUUUGUUUUCUUAAAAACAAAACAAAACUAUCUAAUGUAGUAGGCUACCUUGUCCGAUCCUGAGAUGCAGGCAUCUCUCAAAUGAAGCCGCUGAGUUAGGGGUCUGCAUGCCCAGGUAGGAUUGUGUCUUUGCCACAUUAUUUAUGUUGGAAUUGGGAAGUGAUAAUAUGUACAACACAGACUAACAACGCUAUUAUUUCAAGGUGAGAUUCUACACUUUGCUGUUGUCUAAACGUUGGUGGCCUAACUAAACUGUGAUUAUGCAGUGAACAAUCCACUCACUUUUUAUAGCAAUUGCGAUUUAUGUUUCUGAUAUGUGGAAUUUGGCAAAAGUAAAAGAAAAAAAUGCAGCAAGUGUAACUUCAUUUGUCCAUAUUCCGUUUUUUCAUUUCUAAAAUGUAUUCCUAUGGACCUUCAAAUAACAUUUCCCAGAUGCAACAUUACACCACCCUUUAAAGCCCUACAUGGUUUGGGUCCAGGUUACCUGUGGGAUCACCUUCUUCCAUACAAUCCGCCCCGCACACUCAGGUCCUCUAGGGAGAACUUACUUCAGUCAGCCAAAAUUAGGCUGACAAUUUUACCCAGAGGACCUUUUCUUCUGUCGCCCCCAGACUGUGGAAUGGCCUGCCAGAGGAGAUUCGUCAACAUAACUCUUGAGUUUGACGGCUAUAAAGACUAGCCUCUUCCAGCAGGCCUACCCAGAUGAAUUUUAAACCUAAGAAUUUUAAGAUGUCUUGAUUGUUAUUUUGUUCUUGUAUUGGUUUUUAUAUGCUCUUUUAAUUAAUUUAUGUAUUUGAUUUAUAUUGUAUUAAUGUUGUUCCCCGCCUCAAUACAAAGGCUCGAUCCAA